CUCCUCCCCAAGAUAUACGGGCCAAUCGGGCGCCGCUCUUCAGGUGACGAGCCGAUAAAGUGUGACUGCAGGAGCGCCGACGUUCGGAAACUCUCUGGCGAUUUGGGAAUAACUGUGGGCAGGGAGGCUCUGUGCUUUCAGUCCGCGAAAGUCCGCAGGAGAAAGCGCUCGCAAAACCGCAUCGGUACAAGACUUGCAUGUCAGUCUCCGGGGUGCCGAGAAUCUCAGCCGACUUUCAAAGGGACAUCUGAGAUUUUUUUCGAAAACUUUUUCUUUUGGAGAAAUUACAGUUUGACGCUUUAUACUCAUUCUUUAAAGACAACUUUUAAUAACUUAAUAUUUUGCAAAAAAAAAAAGUUUUUUCCCCCAUUUUUUUUCUCAGCCGUACCAGGCUUUUUCGUUUUUUUUUAGAGUUUAUUUCCUCUGUAUUUGUGCAUCCCAUAAUUUUUUCGCAUGAAUCUACUCGAUCCAUUUCUGAAAAUGUCAGACGAGCAAGAUAAGUGCCUUUCUGACGCCCCCAGCCCCAGCAUGUCGGAGGACUCCGCGGGAUCCCCCUGCCCCUCCGGAUCUGGCUCCGACACAGAGAACACUCGACCCUCCGAGAACAGCAUGAUUGGACCCGACGGUCAGAGGGUAGACUUCAAGAAGGACGAGGAAGACAAGUUCCCCUUGUGCAUCCGAGAGGCGGUGUCCCAGGUGCUGAAGGGCUACGACUGGACUCUGGUCCCGAUGCCCGUCAGGGUGAACGGCACCAGCAAGAACAAACCGCACGUCAAGAGACCGAUGAACGCCUUCAUGGUGUGGGCUCAGGCUGCGCGGAGGAAGCUGGCGGACCAGUAUCCACACCUACACAACGCGGAGCUCAGCAAGACUUUGGGCAAACUUUGGAGGUUGCUCAACGAGGGGGAAAAGCGCCCGUUCGUGGAGGAGGCUGAGCGCCUCCGGGUGCAGCACAAGAAGGAUCACCCUGACUACAAAUACCAGCCGCGGCGCAGGAAGUCAGUGAAGAACGGUCAGGGCGAGGCGGAGGACGGCGUCGAGCAGACGCACAUCUCCCCCAACGCGAUCUUCAAGGCGCUGCAGCAGGCGGACUCGCCCGCCUCCAGCAUGGGCGAAGUGCACUCUCCUGGAGAGCACUCCGGCCAGUCCCAGGGGCCCCCCACACCCCCCACCACCCCCAAAACAGAUGUGCAGACUGGCAAGGUUGACCUGAAGAGGGAGGGGCGCCCCCUGCAGGAGGGGGCCGGCCGUCAGCUGAACAUCGACUUCCGGGAUGUAGACAUUGGCGAGCUGAGCAAUGACGUCAUCUCCCAUAUCGAGACGUUCGACGUCAACGAGUUCGACCAGUACCUCCCUCCUAACGGUCAUCCUGGGGCACCAGUCAGCGGCACGGGCCAUGGGGCUGGGGCUGCAGUCUCGUACGGGGGCAGCUACAGCAUGGCUGCCACACCCCCAGCCUCCCAGGCCGGCUCGGCAGGCAGCGGUGGCAGUGCACAUGGCUGGAUGUCCAAGCAGCAGCAGCAGCAGCAUCCCCUGCCCAGCCUGGGCGGAGAGCAGGGGCAGACCCAGCAGAGGGCCCCACACAUCAAGACGGAGCAACUGAGUCCCAGCCACUACAGCGAGCAGCCGGGCUCCCCCCAGCAUGUCAGCUACGGCUCCUUCAGUCUACAGCACUACACCACCUAUCCCGCCAUCACACGCUCCCAGUACGACUAUUCCGACCACCAGGGCGGCGCCACUGGCAGCAGCACCUACUAUAGCCAUGCCUCCGGCCAAGGCUCCGGCCUCUACUCCACCUUCAGCUACAUGAGCCCCGGGCAGAGGCCCAUGUACACCCCCAUUGCAGACAGCGCCGGUGUACCCACUGUAGGCCAGACGACCCACAGCCCCCAGCACUGGGAGCAGCAGCCUGUCUACACCCAGCUGUCCAGACCCUGAGGUUAAAGGGAUCCCCCACACCCCACACCCCACAUUGCCCCCACCUGCCCUCCAAAGUGGGAAGAAAUGCUUCAGAUCUGAACACGGGACGCUGGAUGGUUCACGCGUGCCUUUUUUUUUACACUCAGAGUUGUGAUUAUAUAUUUUUAGCCAUAAUUACAAAAAAAAAAAUCUUAAAGACUCCUCUGUGAGGAUAUAUUAAUUAUGAAUAUUUUAGUAUGUACUGUGUAUGUUUCUUCCACUUUGACAGUUUAUUCCGGGGGAUUUUUCCGUGUUUGUAGGUAAUAACUUGGUUUCACAGCUAAGUUAGUGUAGUCUUCGGGUCCAUUUGCUGGCCCCCUUGGGAUCCAUUCGCUGCCCCCCCCCUGGGUCCAUUUUCCAGCCCCCAUUACCGCUGUAGUCUUUUAACCCAUUUAAUUUAUUAGCAUUAAUUUUAUUAUAAAGUAAUUAUUUGCAUUUUUUUUCUUUAAUACAGCCGUGUACAACUAAAAGAUAGUGCCCUUCUGAAUAUAAAAGUUUAUAUGCCAAUAUGUUUCCUGUCAGAAUAGUGGUACUUGUUUAAAUAUGGUACAAAUUGUAACCAUCUUGUUUAUUUAUCAUUUGUAAAUGCGCCUAUUUUAAAUCUGUAUUUGCUCUCUCUUGGUAUCUAGUUGUGUACAGAUUACUUUCGAUUGUGAAAUCUUGAUUUGAACUUUUAUUUUUUGUUAAAGAAAAACUGGAAUAGUUGUACUUUCAUACAGAUCAUGGCAGGAGAAAUGAAGAUGUGGUAGAUUUCCUUUUUUUCAGAGUAACAAGCCUUUUUACAUAAAGGACUUUUCUUAUUUCUAUUACCUAUUUUAGUACUGAUUUUGACGAAUUUCUAAUACGGCUGAACGAAACCUUGUUUUCUUAGAUGACUUUAAUACGCUACUGCCUUUUGAAGAAGCUUAUCUUUUGUAUAAUAUUGUUUGCAAUAAAACACAAAAUGUAUUGGGGAUAAAACAAA